AUGGCAAACUUGGAGCGGGUAAAGCGCUACGCUACCAGUCUAGUCGCGGAACUUCGCGGAAUCAGCUAUGAAGGUCGGCUCUAUGCAACGGAACUGUACCCGGGCUACUUCCCUCUGGAAUUCACUCCCGUCGGAGGUGAUAGAGAAGCAGAACGAGGCGCAUUUCAAACGCCGUAUCGACGAGCAAUUGGUGAGACGAUGACAGCUUGCAAAUCACUGAUCGGGUUGUCAUCGGUACCGGCGGUAAAGGGGCUCACACGGGGCGCGUCCCCUCCGCCUUCUCAACUCGAAGAUGCUGAUGAUGGUGAUGAUGAUAAUGAAGAUGAGAUUCUACUUCUCAUUCUUAUUUCAGCAGAGCUGGGUGCUGACGUUGUGAGCGUACCAUCAAAGGAAUUGUGGACGCUCGAUUGGCUGUGGCCGUAUUCAGUUCUGUGCAACCUGACCUGA